UCUCGUCUUGGCAAAUGGCCUAAUAAUGGUUCUAGCCUGUACAGCAGCACUUUGUAAAUAGACUGGUUUAACGGAGUAAUUCUGAUUUAUAUUAUUUUCGUCACUGCACCUGUUGCAUGGCUGAUUCAGUGCUUUGCAAGAGCAAAUGACGUCCAAGUCGCCACGUAGUUCAUGGCCUCGGAAUUCGAAGUUGAAGACGGCAGUUUUCCUCUCAUCUCAUCUCUCCCCAUGUAUUUAUUAGUUGCUGGAAUUUUCAAGGUGAACGUUCCUCCUCCGUCAAUGAUGGAUCUCAAGGGUGUCAGCUGAUAAAAAAUAGUUAAUCUCAAUAUUAUUUUCGGACAAAAUACCUGAGUUCAACAAACAGUUCUCAGUGGAAGCAUUAUUCAAACCGUAAGACUUAUGAUACAGUUGAAAUUGUCUCCGAAUGUAAAUCUUGCUCCUAGCAAUUUGCUUUCCCAAUGCAUUAAAUAUCAAACAGUGAAAAUGAUUUCUCGACACUGAUAAUCUCCUUGCACAGCACUUACCUAUUAGGAACUAUAUCAUCAUUGACCAAAACAUAAUUAACAGAUUGUUUAUUGUGUUUUUCUUUCAAAAAAUAAUAUCCAACUCAAUCUCGAGACUCGACUGCUCGAGAAGUCUUACAUAUAUCUCCACAUUAUAUAUUUAUGUGUGCAUGUUAAUGAAUGAGUUUCCACCACUUCAUUUCAAAAUCUAAUAAAAAUUAUGGAUUUGGAGAGAAGCACCAAAGCGUUUACCAAACAGAAGAGCUCCUAUCACCCAGCCAAGGUCAUUGCCCCAAUCCUUCUUCUGAUGUUAAUUCUCGUACUUGUUCAAUCUCAAUCCUCCCCUUUCUCUUAUCCAACUUCUACUGCACGGGCUUUCUUCAACAGAUGGAAAGGAUUAGCACUUAAUGCCACCAACUAUCCUGCCCUUACCAAGAAUACUAAUAGAUUGAUCUCAAAGCUUCAAGACUCGGUCACCUUCCUCCCACUGAAAGAUCUGAGGUUUGCCAAAACAGCCAUGGAAAGCAACACUUGGUUUAUGAGCUCAUUGAAUGACACCCGUGAGGAAAAUGAAGCUGAAUAUCUUUAUUUUCCUUCAGAAAUGUCUAAAGGUAGGCUUUUAUGCAUCAAAGGAAAUGAUGGGACCGAUGGCACAAAGAAUUCAUAUGCCUUGGCAUGGCCAGAAGCUCUUCCACACUCUGCCAAGCUAAUGGAUGGUUUGACCUUCGUUUCAGACACCUAUUAUGAUUAUGUAAACUUGUGGCACGGAUUGUGUGCAGUGGCUCCAUUUGUUGGUUGGUCUAUAAAGAAUGAGUGCUUAAAGCCAACGAGAUGGGUACUGUUCCACUGGGGAGAACUGAGGUCCAAAAUGGGAGCAUGGUUAGAAAAUCUUAUGGGAACAAACUUUGGAGAAGUUAAAGUGGAAAGACUUGAAGAAGGAGCUCAGCCUUACUGCUUCGAGAAGGCAGUUGUUAUGCGGCACAAUGAAGGGGGAAUGGGGAAGGAAAAAAAGCUUCAGGUUUUUGAUCUGUUGAGAUGUAAAGCAAGGAGAUUUUGUGGCAUUGACCCAGCAGGUAAAGGGAAAGAGGUGAAUGAAAGAGGGGAACCAAUUAUAAGGCUAACGUUGCUGAUGAGGAGAGGUUCAAGAUCCUUCAAGAAUGCAACAGCAGUGAUAGGCGUAUUUGCAAGGGAAUGCGCAAUGGUGGAUGGCUGCACAUUGAAGGUGGUUCAAUCUGAGGAUUUAAGUUUUUGCGAUCAGGUUAGAGUAUUAACUUACACUGACAUCGUUGCAUCCCCACACGGUGCUCAACUCACAAACAUGCUGUUCAUGGAUAGAAAGAGUAGUGUGAUGGAGUUUUUCCCUAAAGGAUGGUUAGAGCUUGCGGGAAUAGGCCAAUAUGCACACCACUGGAUGGCAGACCAAUCUGGGAUGAUCCACCAGGGCACUUGGUGGGAACCAUUAAGCGUAAAGGAAUGCCCAUCUCCUGAGCACGAUCUAGAGUGCUUCAAUUUCUAUAAAGAUGGAAAAGUUGGUCAUAAUGAAACCCAUUUUGCAGCAUGGACUACAACUGUUCUCGACCAAGUACGAGCAAAGAAGCUAGAAAUCAACAAGAGUUCUUUUAACAAGUCGCAGCUAUACUCAACAGCCUGUGCGUGCUAGUUCCAUUUACUAUUUUGCGAAUUCAUAGUGCAUAACUAUAUCGAUAAGCUUAAUUGUAUUGGAAUA